AUGUCCCCUGUGAGACGGGACUCCAAUUCCCCUUCUUCGACUGUGUCUCCAUCCCAGCCCUUGCAACAAGGCCACAUUCAACUAUUGUCGCAGCCGCAUGAGUCUUCGAGCGCGCGCAGUUGCGCUUUAGUGGACUUGACCACGCCUGAACAGCCUGUUUACGGUUCUGACCGAUCCCAGGUCUACAAGGCGCCACGAUCGGAUCACCAACGGCGUAUCCGCUUUCAAGUCGAGGAGGGGAGAUUCAUACCUGCUUCUCAGUCUGGUCUUGUCGUCAGACGACUUCCGGACGAUGUGAGGGGCCCGCAUCCUAGGGGAGGACGGUCGAAAUUCUCUACGCAUAUUACCAAGACUUUAGAGAGAGUUUCCACCCGCGUCCCGCUCCCCAAGUACUUCCGACCGGCAUACGUCGCCCGUGACGUGGGAGUGCUAGAACGAGGCUACUGGCAGUUCUUCAUUACAAUCAACGAUAGGCGUGCCGGAAAGUCGAGACGGUCUUCCGGCGAACAGACGAAGCCGCAUUGGACUGAGAAAGAAUUCAGCCACUUUUGGCAAGCCAUCAGUCUUUUCAUCCAGCAAGGCAAGGCUGGAUGGGGAACACGGCUCUUGAAGGAAUCAAGAGAUAGCCUUGAAUGGAGAAUCCGGCUCUUUACCUGGGGAGAGCUCCUCGGGCAUAUCUGGGUGAUCCUUUGGAUCUUGUCGGAUAAACUGACACAGAGUGUCCCUAUGCAGUGGUUCGCAGGCGACGGUUCAGUGGUUGUCCAGAUGUCAGGUGCGAAACCCCGACGGCGCAAGUCAAGCCUGUGGAUGAGAAAGGGGCCAGAGGGAGAAGGCGGAGCUUGGGGAAUGGGCCGGCUGGAAGCGCCCGAUCUAAAGCCAGGAGACCUGGAGCAGGACUAA